GCGGUGGCUGCCCGGGCGGCGGCGGGGGCGGGCGGCCGAGGACGCGGUCCGGGUAGCGCCGGGCCGAGCGCGGAGCCAUGGGCCGGGCUGGGACCGGGGCCGGGACCGGGGGCGCGGCGGUGGCGGUGGCGGGACCGCUGCUGCUGCUGUUGCUCGCUCGGCCCCCGCCUGCCACCGCCGGCGACAGCAGGAAGAGCGACGUCAGGCUGGUGUCCGAACAUUUCUCCCAGUCCCCACAGAAGCUGUCUUUCUACAGCUGGUAUGGCAGUGCCAGACUGUUCCACUUCCGCGUGCCCCCCGACACCGUGCUGCUGCGCUGGCUGCUGCAAGUGUCCCGGGGUAGCGGCCCCGCCUGCGCCAGCGUGGAGAUCACUGUGUACUUCCGUUAUGGCGCCCCUCCUGUCAUCAACCCUUUGGGCACCAGCUUCCCCGCCAACAGCUCCGUGCAGUCCCCCUUCUUCAUCAAGAUGCUGGACAGCAACGCUUCCCUCAACAUCUCCCACCCAGCCCCCGGGGACUGGUUUGUGGCGGCCCACCUGCCCCCCGCCUCCCAGAAGAUCGAGGUGAAGGGUUUUGUUCCCACCUGCGCCUACGUCUUCCAGCCUGACAUGCUGGUGGUGCGGACGGUGGAGGUCUCCAUCCUAGAGCCCGACGUUCCCCUUCCGCAGACCCUCCUCUCCCAUCCCAGCUACCUCAAAAUCUUCAUCCCUGAGUACACCCAGGAGCUGCGGCUGGAGCUGCAGGGCUGUGCCGCCAACGGGAGCCUGGGCUGCCCUGUGCGCCUCACCGUGGGCGCUGCCACCCUGCCCAGAAACUUCCAGAAGGUGCUCACGUGCGUCAGCCCCACUGGGGCCUGCCGCCUGCUGCUGCCCUCACCACCCUGGGACCGGUGGCUGCAGGUGACAGCCAAGAGCCUGGCGGGGCCUCGCGUGCUGGUGGCUUUCCAGGCGGUAGCUGCCCUCACAGCCUGCAGGCCGUGGACCCUGAACUUCCAGCUCCUUCCACAGAGCAGCUUGAACGGGAGCUGCAACGCCUCCACGGGCCUGCUGCCCCCGCACCCCGGUGACCACGGCGGCCACGGCCUGGGCGGGAGCAGCAGGAGGCAUGGGGGCCCCUGCUGCCUGGCGAGCUACCCAGUCAUUCGGGAAGACCUGGACGUGGUGUCUGUGCGCUUCUGGCCAGUGGACAGGGUGUGGGUGCGGGUGCGACCCGCCACGCCCUCGGUGAUGCGGCUGUACAUGGACACCGGCAUGGACAGCGGGGGCUCCCUCACUGUCUCCCUGCGGGCCAACAAGACUGGAAUUACCAACAGCACCUUGGUCGCCAUCUGUGUGAAUGCCGCCUCCCCCUUCCUCAGCUUCAGCACGUCGCUCAAUUGCACCACAGCCUUCUUCCAGGGCUCCCCACUGACCCUGAGUGCUGCAUCGCACAAGGCCGACCUCAUCAUCCCCUACCCAGAGACGGACAACUGGUACCUCUCCCUGCAGCUUGUGUGCCCCGAGAAUCCAGAGGAGUGUGAGCAGGCCUUGGUCCUCGUGGAGACCACCUUGACCUUGGUGCCCUGCCUGAACGACUGUGGACCCUACGGCCAGUGUGUCCUGCUGCGCAGACACAGCUACCUGUAUGCGGGCUGCAGCUGCAAGGCUGGCUGGCGUGGGUGGAGCUGCACGGACAACAGCACGGCCCAGACGGUAGCCCAGCAGCGGGUGGCCGCCCUCCUUCUCACUCUCAGCAACCUCAUGUUCUUGGCUCCCAUCGCCGUCUCGGUGCACCGCUUGCUCCUGGUGGAGGCCUCCGUCUAUGCCUACACCAUGUUCUUCUCCACGUUCUACCAUGCCUGCGACCAGCCCGGCGAGGCAGUGCUCUGCAUCCUGGGCUAUGACACCCUGCAGUACUGUGACUUCCUGGGCUCCGGAGUGUCCAUCUGGGUCACCAUCCUCUGCAUGGCGCGGCUGAAGGCAGCCCAGAAACAUGUCCUGUUUCUCCUGGGCACGCUGAUCUUCGCCAUGUCCUUGCAGCUGGACCGCAGGGGUGCCUGGAACAUGAUGGGGCCUUGCCUCUUUGCCUUUGUGGUUAUGGUCACCAUGUGGGUGUACCGCUGCGGACGCCGGCGCCACUGCUACCCCACUUCCUGGCAGCGCUGGGCCUUCUACCUCCUGCCCGGCAUCUCCAUGGCUGCUCUGGGCAUUGCCAUCUACACCUCCAUGAUGACCAGUGACAACUAUUACUACACCCACAGCCUCUGGCACGUGCUGCUGGCCGGGAGUGCGGCCUGCCUGCUCCCGCCGCGGGAGGAGCACACCAAGCCCUGGGCCUGCUCGCAGAAGCUCACGUGCCGCUACCAGAUCUGCAAGAACCACCGAGAGGACCUGUAUACGGUGACAUGACGUGGCCGGCUCAGGGACACCGGCCACCGUGAUGAUGGGCUCUCUGGCCAGGGGCAGGACCAAAGGAGAAGGACCCUGUCCGGUCCAUUUCCAGCUGAAUAAAAUUGCCUGUGCACUCU